CAUCGUCCGUUUGCUGCCCUCUCUCUCUCGAUGUGCUGCUGCGUCCUCCUGCUCCGGCGUCGUCUGCUUGACGAGCCUUUUGCUACAAUUCUUUCUUACUGCGUUGGAAAGGAUCAUCAGCAACUUUCCUCGGCUUGGCUUGGCUUGGCUUGCAGCUUUUCCCGGUGUUGCUUCUCACUCGCUGGCACGUACUCACUCAUCUUUGUCACGCUUUCCUUCUCUCUCACUCCUAGUUGUAAGCCGUUCUUUGCAUACUCCUUGACGCGCAACUCCAGCGCUCCUGAUAUUUACACUCGGAUUGUGUCUGGGAUUGCUUGGGAGCGUUUGGAACAGUAUGCAUGGGCUCGUGGAAGCAAUUUUGAUGACUGGGGCAAUGUCUUGAGGAGAGGAGGGGAACUUCUUUGUCGGAUUUGUUCGAAGAGACGAUAUUUACUUUCAUGGGAGAGAAGUGGAGAGGGAGGUAGAGGAAGCAAUUACUACUGGCGUCAGCUGAGUGAAAUUAUGGCGAUGGCAUCAGCUCUGCCUUGGGUCGCCCCUGCGACUCACCUCAACUUCCUGCAUCGCUCUGCAUGCAAGCCUGCUUUGCUAUCACCUUUCGCCCAUGCGCCAAUUUUUUUCCGAGGCUAUCACAUUCACGGUGCAUUAUCCCGAAGUAGGAGAAUCAUCCCCUCUAUCUGUGGGAUUAUUCGACAAGAGAGCUGCUCUUCAUUUCAAGACAUUGUCGGUGGCAGCAUUUGGAGUAGAAGAUUAGGGUUCCUACCUUUGAAAUGGACUGCGGGCGAGAAGUUCUUAAGCUCAGCCAUCUCGGCGAGUAAAAACUUGAACGCGGAGUCUUUUGACACCAGCAGCAAUCUGGGCAAUUUUGUUGCGCCCGAAAUCCAGCGUUUGUUUGGAAGAGAUGAGUUGGCGGACCAAAACGAAGACUCUGAAAGUGAUGACGAAGAUGAUGAACUUUACUUUGGGGAAGAUGAAGACGAAGAUGAGGAUUACGGGUUCGAAGAUGAUGACAUUGACAACGAAUUGCUAGACAAUGAAGAAGACGCCGAAGCUACUGUGAUUCACUCUCCAUCUGAGAAGAGUAUUAAGGAUCGUGAAAGGCUGAAGGAGCUCUGUGCUCGGGUGGAGGCGAGUGGUGAACGCACUGUAACGGCUGCAGACAUUGCCGGCCUCUAUGACUUUCCUUUCGACAAGUUCCAGAGGAUGUCCAUUGAAGGGUUUUUGAAAGGAUCAUCGUUAGUUGUAUGUGCACCAACAAGUAGUGGUAAGACUCUCGUAGCUGAGGCCGCUGCUGCUGCCACAAUCGCAAGAGGAAAACGUUUGUUCUACACUACGCCUCUCAAGGCACUUUCGAAUCAAAAACUUCGUGAUUUCCGGGAGCUAUUCGGUGAGGAGAAUGUGGGGCUGGUCACAGGAGACGCAGCUGUGAACAGGGAAGCUCCUAUAUUGAUCAUGACAACGGAGAUCCUGCGCAACAUGCUUUACCAAAGCGUUGGGAACAUGGAGGACGGGGGCCGUCUCAUGAACGUGGACGUUGUAGUGUUGGACGAAGUGCACUAUCUUAGCGACAUCUCCCGUGGUACUGUGUGGGAAGAAACGGUUAUUUACUGUCCCAAGGAAGUUCAGCUGAUUUGUCUCUCGGCUACUGUUGCUAACCCAGAGGAGCUUGCCGGCUGGAUCGCUCAGGUGCAUGGCCCUACCGAGCUUGUGACAUCGUCAAGAAGACCUGUUCCCCUUGUUUGGCACUUCUCUACACGCUACGGACUUAACCCUCUCUUGAACGAGCAAGGGGAUGAAAUGAACUGGAGACUAAAUCUAAAGAAGAUUGAACGUGAGAGGGUUUCUGAUCCAUUUUGGGAUGAAUUGGAUUAUGAUUCUCCCACGAGAAAACAGCGAAAGUUUCUUCGAGCAGGAAAAGCUCCCAAAGAAUCUGGCAAUCGCAGCGAACGUCGGCGGCGGUCGAAUGGUGGAUGGGGGGAAACUGAAGAGAAGAUGUCUGACGAAGAGGUUCAGUUUCUCCGUCGCAAACAGGUCCCACAAAUUAGGGAUACACUGAACCAAUUGAAAGAGCGGGAUAUGCUUCCGGCUAUUUGGUUCAUUUUCAGCCGGAGGGGCUGUGACCUAGCUGUGCACUAUCUAUUGGGGACCGAUUUGUUGACAAUUGAAGAACAGAGACGAGUACGAAAAGCUCUUGAUAAUUUCCGGGAGCAGCACCCAGAUUCAGUUCGUGAAGUUGCAGUUAAACCCCUUCUGCAUGGAGUAGCCGCACACCACGCUGGUUGCUUACCCACGUGGAAGGCCUUUAUUGAAGAGCUUUUUCAGCAAGGUCUUAUCAAAGUCGUUUUUGCAACGGAGACGCUUGCAGCAGGAAUCAACAUGCCUGCUAGGACAACUGUUUUAGCUUCACUCAGCAAACGUGGCGACAAUGGGCAUCAACUCUUGAGCGCGAAUUCAAUGCUCCAAAUGGCUGGCAGGGCAGGUCGAAGAGGUAUUGACGAGCAAGGACAUACAGUAGUGGUGCAAACACCAUUCGAAGGUGCAGAAGACUGCUGUAAAUUGCUUUUUGCUGGGCCUGAUCCUCUCGUUUCGCAGUUUACUGCCACCUAUGGCAUGGCCCUCAAUCUUCUGGCUGGAGCAAGAGUGAAGACAACAACAGAAUCAGGUGCGGUUGAGAUGGUAAAAGUGGGGAGAAGUUUGGACGAGGCCCGUGCACUCAUUGAAAAGAGUUUUGGCAACUACGUGGGAAGUGAAGUGAUGGUAGCCGCUAAGCAGCAGCUAGCUCGAUUACAGAAAGAUAUUGAGUACCUAGAGAAAGAUUAUACAGUUGAUGAUGAUCUAGAGAGCCGUCUCACGCGAGACGAGUUGCAGGAGUAUCUGGACCUCAAAGAAAAAGCAAAGGAAGCAAAACGAUUCAUGCGAGAGCAGAGAAGAGAAGUUGAACAGAUGCGAGUGGCAAUGGUGCAGCCCUUGCUUGAUGCGCCCACUGAUGGGAAACCACCCUUCAUUUGCUUGUCCUUUUACGAGCACCGUACCGGCGAGGAGCGCCGCGUACCCGCGCUAUUUGUUGGCUGUGUUCCGCGUCCGCCGUUUGUCUCGGACUUGGUCAAUCUGGCAAGCGAGAAAGGUCAAUCAGAGGAAUUCAACGACAACCACGAUGAGGAAUCUUCUACAGAAGAUGAUAACGAUCCUGAUGUUCUGCAUUACGUAGCUUUGGGAUCAGACAAUGCCUGGUACAUGUUUACCGCGAGGAGUGUCAAGAGCGUCCAUACGAAUUCGGUGAAUUUUGGGGCCUCAACACCUGGUGGGAAACCUGUGGAAGAAUUAUUAAAGGAAAAGCUUCAAGUGGGUAUCCGGAAAUGGGAAAACCUUGGUCGAUCAGGAUCUGGUCCUCUCGGUUGCGUUUGGUCUGCCGACAGCUCAAUUGAUACGUGGGGUUGGGGCUGUCAAGUGCCUGUGUUGAGCGAGCUCUCCGGUGCCCAUGAGGUUUCGUUGGAUCUUGUGAAGGCCGAGAGGGUGUUACUUGAUCGACGGAAAGAGGCUUCGAAACUCCGGAAGAAGCUUAAACAAACACAAGGCUACCGUGAAUCAAGAAAACUUGUGGAUCUUCAAAGGUCACGCUUUGAUAAGCUGCAGCGCAUCACAGCCAAAGCAAACCGUAUUUCGAAUCGUAUUAGUCAGAUGCAGCCUUCAGGAUGGAAGGAGUUUCUACAAGUGGUGAAGGUGCUGCAGGAAGCCGGGGCACUGAAACCUGAUACAAACUUGCUAACGCCUCUUGGAGAAGUAGCAGCAUCUACCCGAGGAGUGAAUGAGCUUUGGUUGGCCAUAGUUUUUACUAGCGGCAUUCUCAACUCUAUUGCACCCGCUCAACUUGCAGCUGCCUGUGCUUGUCUGGUCUCAGAUGGCAUGAAAGCGCGGUCUAAGGAUGGGCCAACAAGCUCUAUCUAUGACGCCUCAGAUGCAGUAAAUGAAUGGGCCGAGAAUAUGGAAGAAGCCCGUUCGUGGCUUGUUAGGACCCAAUCCAAACACGGAGUUGCUAUUUCCGUAGAGAUCAAUACAGAAUUUGCUGGGUUGGUGGAAGCAUGGGCAGCCGGUGUGACAUGGAAGGAGCUCAUGGAUGACAUUGAGAUGGACGAGGGUGAUGUAGCCCGUCUUCUCCGACGGUCUAUUGACCUUCUUGCACAAAUUCCUCAUUUACCUCACAUUGAUCCAAACCUUGCAAUGUCGGCUCGGGAGGCCUCAAAUAUUAUGGAUCGCCCACCCAUCAGUGAGCUUCUCGGUUAAAGGCAUCUUCGAGUGUCUUCAUGGGGAAUAUCAUCAUUUAAACGUGGAGCUUCUCAAGGAUGGAGUUCUUUCUGCAGGCUACUCAUUUUGCAGGGCUUCAAGGACUUUUGAAAUGUAGUAACAUGGAAUGCGGCGUGAAUUUGGAAGAAUAACCUUGUUUGGUUGAAUCCGAGGUUGGAGCACUAAUUUAAUGAAGCGUCGUGUUUAUGGGCAGCGGAAUCCUCUCCAACAAUGCGGACUUCAAGAAGUGACCUAAAGAGUUUAUCAAGGGGUUUUAACCAAGGAAUUACACGGCCGAUGCUCGGAACAGUGAGUGGGGCUUUUAAUGUAUCUUCAUCCAAGUGGCUUGCGUUACAUGCCUCUUUUCAGUGUUGUAAUUGAUUGAUCCUUCCAGCCUCCAGUUGGAAGGCCCAACUAUGAUUUCUUCGCGCUCAUUACAGUGCCGUUUACAGUAUCGUGUAAUUAUUUUUAAAUUUAUUGAUUAGAAAUGGAUUGUACACACACAGCACUGAAUGCUA